CCGGCGUCGGCCACUCAUAGUAUUCGUUGAUAGUGAUUCAGUUGUACUGGCUCAGUGCAACACUGAAGCUCAACCAGCUGUUGAUUCCAUGCGGAAUCAGUGUUCUGUUCUAUUGUGUGUCCUGUUGAAAGAAGUGGAAUCCACAUCUAAAGUAAAUUUGCAAGGAAGUUCCAGUAUGGAGGAAGCCAGUAAGGAAACAAAAUGUCAUGACAAUCCUGCAUUCACAAUUUCUGUCAUAGACAUUUCUGCCACUGAUUUGCAGGAGUGCUCUCGCCAGCCGCGGACGUCACGUCAGGUCACGAACAGCACUGUCACGUCACGUCGCGGAUCACGUCGCUGCCAUCACCGUGAUAGCGCCACGCUAGCGGACAGCAUGACCAUGGACAGUCGAACGCCGCGAUGCAAUUUGUUGGCCGAAGUUCUGAUAGUUUGCACAGUGUUCACAACGUUGUUGCUGAUGGAGUUUGGUCUGCUACCUGAUCUACAGAAUGUUGGCUUCUACUGUGACGAUCCAAAGAUAAAGUACAAAUUUCGAGGAGACACGAUUGGUAUCAAAACGUUGUUGGGAGUCACAAUAUUUCUUCCAUUAGCUGUGAUAUCAUUAGUGGAGUGGGGAUGUCAUGGAGCUGAAGGCUACGCGAAGCGAGGUGGCGGCCGAUGGGCCUGGAUGACCCAAACCCUGCGAUGGUAUUGGGAGUAUCUGUCUGGACUACUCAUUGUAUUCUUCUUAGCUGACAUAGCCAAGCUAUUGGUGGGUGAGCCGAGGCCUCACUUCUUGGACACAUGUCAACCGCAUCAAGCCAUAAACUGCUCCUCUGGAUACAUUGCCAAAUAUGAAUGCACAAACGUAGAUUUGAGUUUCUGGAGAGUGAAAGAUGCCAGUCGAUCGUUUCCGUCAGGGCAUGCUGCUAUCUCUGUUUAUCUUUUCACGUUUACAGCGUGGUUUUUGGAGCGUAGAAUGAGCGGCGUGGGGCGGAUAGUAGUGGCUUGGCUGCAGGUGCUUGUGUGUGUGUGGGCGCUGGUCUGCUCCCUCACGCGCAUCACCGACCGCCGCCAUCACUGGUGGGAUGUACUCGCCGGAUCUGUCCUUGGAGUCCUCGUCGGCAUGUACACUGUGAGGACAUUCUGUUGUGAUUUCCGUCUGAGCGUGUAUCGCAGUCACUCGGUGAGCGCGAAACAGCUGGAGGGCAAAGUGAGUGGCCGGCAGUUGUACGGAGGCAACACGUCGGCGAGGCGGCUGCUCAACUCCACCUCCAGCUACAGUGCAGAGCCAGUCAGUCGAGAACGAGACACUGCCGAUCUGAGCAUUACGUGAGCCAACGCCAACCGGCCCACUCUCCCGCACUCCUUACCAAACAGUAUUCUUCUCGACUGUCAACGACUGCAGACGCCACAGUGGUCUACUACGUUCGUUGAUUGAGAGUGCAAUGACCUAGUGAUAAAUAGUUAUUUAGUUGAUCAUUGACUACAAACUGUGUAUAAAAGUCGAGUGAUCUAAUGAUCAAAAAUUAUUUAUCAAUUAUAGAUAAGUAACUGCAAAAGUGUAUAGAAAUCGAGUUUUCUAUUAAUCGAAAAACAUUUGUCAGUAGCGAAUCAUUCACUGCGGAACUAUAUGCCUGUACAAAGUAGUCGAGGAUGCAAUGAUCUAUUGAUCAGAAAUCAUUAUUUAUCAAUUAUAGUAGAUUAUUGACUGCAAAACUGUGUAAAGCCAGUGUAAAGUAGUCGAGGAUACAGUCAUAUUGAUUAAAAACUGUCUGUAAUAUUGGAUCAUUGACUGCAAAACUGUAUAGCUGUGUGAAACAAUAACUGUUGAUUAGUGAAAAACUAUGAUCACUUAGCUGCAGUUCAAAAUUAUUGAUGAUUGACGAAGAUCAUUACGGAAUUUUGUGUAUAUCGAUUGCAGUCAUUUUUGUGAGAGCAAUUUUCUUUUGAUAAAAAUGUAUAAUUCCUUCAUUGAUGUUCGCCAGAAAUUACUAGUGUAAGAUAAUAAUUGUAUGUGUAUUUUUAGUGUGUUCGUUGAUUAAGGCUGUGCAAAGGCUAAAAAUAAACGUUUUACUGUUUAUCAUCAAGCUAUCAAAAUGAAAAAUUUUUCUCAUGAAAACAAUUUUUUUUAUCAUUACUUUUUGAAAUAUGAGCGCCUAAAGU